AUGCUUCCUCCUGCCAUUCAUCUCUAUCUCAUCCCCCUGAUAUGCAUCCUAAUGAAAAACUGUUUGGCUUUUAAAAAUGAUGCCACAGAAAUCCUGUACUCACAUGUGGUUAAACCUGUUCCUGCACACCCCAGCAGCAACAGCACGCUGAACCAAGCCAGAAAUGGAGGCAGGCAUUUCAGUAGCACUGGACUGGAUCGCAACAGUCGAGUUCAAGUGGGCUGCCGGGAGCUGCGGUCCACCAAAUACAUUUCCGACGGCCAGUGCACCAGCAUCAGCCCUCUGAAGGAGCUAGUGUGCGCGGGCGAGUGCCUGCCCCUGCCGGUGCUUCCCAACUGGAUCGGAGGAGGCUACGGAACAAAGUACUGGAGCCGACGGAGCUCCCAGGAGUGGCGGUGUGUCAACGACAAGACGCGCACCCAGAGAAUCCAGCUGCAGUGCCAGGAUGGCAGCACACGCACCUACAAGAUCACUGUGGUCACGGCCUGCAAGUGCAAGCGGUACACCCGCCAGCACAAUGAGUCCAGCCAUAACUUCGAGAGCAUGUCUCCCGCCAAACCCGCCCAACAGCACCACAGAGAGCGGAAGAGAGCCAGCAAAUCCAGCAAGCACAGUCUGAGCUAG